GGUCCGCAUGAUUACCGAAGGAGGGGUGAAAGGUGUAUUACGAAUAGCGAUGCCGGGAGAAGAAUGCGAACCAUAGGGGUAAAUUCAGAUAUUUGCCAUCGGCUUGCCUAAUCCGGUAAUCCGAGAGGAUAUAGCAUAGGAGUAUAUCCCCCCCACUUCAGACAAACAAACGGGCUUGUUAGCUCAAGUUUUGAAAGGCGAGGAGGCAUCCUGAGCCCAAUGUACCUAGCAAUAAGAACCGGCAACGUCGAAUAGUCGGUUCUGAUAAUCUCCUUUCACUCUUUAAGGAUUGCCGAGUUACCAGAGCCUGAAACUACGCCACACCACAGGAGUCUAGAGUCCAGAAUCCAGAGUCCAGUGUUGAGACUUUCUUUUUCUCAUCACAACUCGCCCCACUACCUGAUACUCAAGUCAGUCAAUUAUUCAGUCAUAUAAUGGCCGAGCCCAAGUGGAAGAUAGCCCUAGGUUCCGAUGAUGCGGGCGUGAAUUACAAAGCCAAAAUCAAGGAGGACUUCGAGAAAGACCCUCGAGUCGAAUCCGUAGUAGACGUUGGUAGUCUCUCGGCAGAUGAUAAAACGGCAUAUCCGCACCGAGCUGCGGCGGCGGCACAGCUAGUUGCCGACGGCAAAGUCGACAGAGCGUUGCUCAUCUGCGGAACCGGCCUUGGGGUCGCCAUCUCGGCCAACAAGAUCAAAGGUGUCCGAGCAGUUACAGCUCACGACAGCUUCUCGGUAGAGCGGGCGGUCUUGAGUAACAACGCCCAAGUCCUCUGUAUGGGUGAGAGAGUAAUCGGCUUAGAACUCGCACGCAGACUAGCAAAGGAAUGGCUCGGAUACGUCUUUGACGAAAAGAGCGCGAGCGCGGCUAAAGUAGAGGCUAUCACUCAUCUCGAAAAAGCCUUAUAGGAAUGAUUAUUAUUUGGAUUGAAGCGACAAUAGGCAGCGUUGGAAGAUGCAAACCCGCGCAAAAGAGGGAAAGAUGAAGAUUGAAGUUA